AUGGAGCAAUCCUACAGAUCUACCAUCUCUAUCUACAAGAGUAUUCUGGAGCAGUUUAACCCAGCUCUGGAGAAUUUGGUAUACCUGGGCAACAAGUACGUGCGAGCUUUUCACGCAUUGUCAGAGGCUGCAGAUGUCUAUUUCACAGCAAUCCAAAAGAUUGGGGAACAAGCCCUACAGAGCUCUACCUCACAGAUACUGGGUGAGAUCUUGAUACAGAUGUCUGACACCCAAAUGCACUUGAACCGCAACCUGGAAGUAGUAGCCCAAACCUUCCAUAUGGACUUGCUGCAGCAUAUGGAGAAAAAUACUAAGCUGGACAUGCAGUUCAUCAAUGACAGUCGUCAGCGAUAUGAGAAGGAAUACCGACACAGAGCUGCCAACAUAGAUAAAUGCAUGUCAGAUCUCUGGAGAAUGGAGAGAAUGCGAGACAAGAAUGCCCGGGAGAUGAAGGAGAACAUGAUGCACCUGCAUACAGAGAUGCAAGCUUUUGUCAGUGAGAGUCAACAGGCUGCUGAACUGGAGGAGAAACGACGUUAUCGUUUUUUAGCUGAAAAACACCAGUUACUCUCUAAUACUUUCCUACAGUUCUACACAAGGGCCCGGGCCAUCAUUCAGAACAAGGUACCACUGUGGAAGGAGCAGCUGGAGGCCACUCGCAAUCCUGCCCAAAACUUGCUCUCCACAGCACACAGCCAGGGGCACCCAAGUGGUCGCUUGACUCCCACCCCCAUGGAGAUGCCCCAAAGGCCUUUGAGUGAUUUCAGUUCUGUAAUGGCAGGACGAAGUUUUAGCCCUUUUCUUCAGGAGACAGUAGAAACAUUGCCUUCCUCUCAGCCUGAACCAAGAAGAAGACCUCUGUCAAGAACUCCCUCUGUCGCUAUAUUGAGUGGCUGGUUUCCAGAAGCUUUUGUGAAACCACUGGUGGAGGUGAGAGACCAUGAGGAUACAGCCACAAGAACCUUCCCUCUGCGGAGCAGUCACAGUGUUAAUGACCUCCUGGAUCGAUCCAGUGCCCCACCUGCAAGCGAUCACUGGCCCAAUGCCAGUAGACCUCAGUCACCAUCACCAAGCCCUUCUUCUGCUUUGCCUGGAGCAGGCAGCCGGCGGAGCAGCACAGCUAAUGCAGCAACCACUACGGACUCUAAAAAGCCAACAGGAGUGCAGCAUCCUCCAGAACUGUUUCCCAAAGGUACCAACCCUUUUGCCACUGUCAAGCUGCGCCCAACUGUGACCAACGACCGAUCGGCACCCAUCAUCAAGUGAAAGCUGGCUAUGGAUUUGGGUGGUCGGUGGAGG